AUGUCCCAAUCAACUUUGUAUAAACCCUCCGACAUUAUCAAUGUAUCUCAAAGUCUUACUACUCCAUCAUUAUCAAGCACUUCAUCACCGUAUCUUCCUACUGAAUGUUUACAAUGUAUCUUUUCUUUCAUAUCUGAUGAUGAUAUAGAAACUUUUCAUUCUAUUAUAUUGGUUAAUCGUUCAUGGUGUAGAUCCGCUAUUCCAUUCUUAUGGAAAAAACCUUUUACCAUUAAUUCUGAAUUACCAUCCUCUUCAUUUUCAAAAAUAAUUCCAAUUUAUUUAAGAUCUAUAAAUGUUGAUACUUUAUCUAAUGAAUUCAGAGAAUCUUUUUUUCAUUUAGAUAAUAAUUUAUUUUCAUGUAUUGGUAAUGAAAAGAGUUUAACUUUUGAUUAUCCUACUUUUCUCAAAGAACUUAAUUUUAAGAAAUUAUAUAAUUCAAUUUCUGAAUGGACAAUUAUUAAUAAUGCUUUCGGUCCUAAAUCAAAUAUUGAUAUCGAAUUCGAAAGAUUAUCUUUUAUUGAUAAUGUUCAAGAUACUAUUCAAGUAAGGAUAGAUCAAGAAUAUAUUGAUGAAUGGGGUGAUCAAUCCCUUGUUCAUGAUUCAUAUAAUCGUACGGAAUUUGAUGUGUCAAGUGACAACAUCGACUUUUCUCCCCCAGAAUCUCAUGUUGACUAUGAAGAAGGUUGGGAAGAAGAUUUUGAUCAAUAUUAUGAUGAUUACGAUCAUUUCGAUGUUUCUACCGAACCAGAUCAUAGUGAUAAUGGACGGGAAUGGUUGGACACGCCUACACCUUUUGAUAUGACCGAAGAAGGUCGAAGAUUGCUUAUUGCUAGAGAGAUUGGUAUUAUGUUGAUGAGUAAAUGUCGGUCAUUUAAUAAACUUAUUCUAGAUACGCGAGGUUUUUCUCGAAAUUUGUCGUGUCAAUCUGUCAAUUACAUAUCUUUGCCAUGCUUUCCUGGUGCUAGUGAAUGCUUGUCGCGUAUUACGGAAUUUGUUUGUGGUGGUGAAUUCUAUAAAGGAGAUAUUUUUAAUGAAAUGGCAAUGUAUUGUAAAGAUCUUUAUUCUAUUGAGAUCGUUGAUACUUAUCGUUCUGCAAUUGAAUCCUUGGCAAAUCUCAUCUCUGUUCAAAAAAGAUUACAAAAAUUCAGUUGGACCGGUGGAUAUGAAGAUUUAUCACCUAUUACUUUGUCAUUUUCCAGUCAAAAAGAAAAUCUUAUCGAAGUUCAAUUAGAAAAUGCUUUUUUUCGAGAUUCAGAUGCUCUUGAAGGGCUAGCUCCUUGUCAAAAUUUAGAAACUCUUAAAAUUGCAGAGUGUCAACUUACCGCUGCUAAUUUAAGACCGUUAGUAUAUGUUACCUUUCCACGACUCCAAGUUUUAGAGAUUACAGACAUUCGUGAUAUUUAUUAUCUCGAUCUUGAUGAAGAUAAUACUCCUCCUUCUGAAGAAUUAAAUGAAAUAAUUAGAAGAGCAAAUGGAACACUUAGAGAAAUUAGAUUAAAUUUAGAAUUGCACUUUUAUCCUAGUAUCAUCGAUACCAUCGCUGCAUAUUGUCCAAAUCUUAAAUUGCUCGCAGCAAGCAUAAAAGAUGAUGAACAAGUUCCUGAACUUCUUAAUUUGUUAAGUUCAUGCAGACAACUUGAGAGCUUAAUUAUUCAUGGCUAUAACAGUAAUUUUUAUACUGCUGAUUAUAUUUUGCCCCAAAUUGGAUCAAUUAUGCCAGAAACUCUACGAUAUUUGGAUCUUAGUAAGUGGACAUUCAAAGCUCCAGCUUUAAAGAUGUUCUUAUCGAAUUGCAAUGCAGAAUUAAGAUAUAUUACAUGGCAUUGUUUUGUCAGUAAUAGCAGUGAAGAUUAUACAGCAGCACUCAAGAACUAUGCACAAGAAAAAGAUCUUGAAAUUAAUGUGCAAGUGGAAUUUCGCGAUUCCGGAUUUGGAUGGUGUCAAUGUGUUUGCAAUAUCACAGCGGAACUUGUGGAACGUCCUAGUCAAAUUGAAGAACUGUGA